AUGACGACGUUGAGUGCAUCGGCUUUACUGCCUUUUCUUCCCCAAGAGAUUCUCGUCGAAAUUCUGAGUAAACUCCCUGCUAAAUCUCUGGUGCGAUUCAAGUGUGUUUCUAAAUUCUUUUCUUCUCUGCUUGUUGAUCAUCCCUUUACCGAUCUGCAUCGCAAUUGGUCCUUAACCCUUCCCAGUAGGAUGAGCAUUCUGAUCUUGUACCCAGUACUCUGGCGUGAACCCAAUUUCCCCAAUUUCAAUUGGCAUUACACAAUAAAUUACUCUGAAGAAAAUCAAGGAAAUCUCCAUCUCCAAGCCAAUCGCCUCCAGUAUUUCGACGACAACCCUAAUCUCUUUCGAAAGCUUUAUUUAAGCUCCUCCUUGAACGGCCUGAUUUGUUUCUGCAGAUUCUCAGAUCGCAGCGACGAAAUUGCUAUUCACAACCUUAGUACACGACAGCAUAUUCCUCUCCCAUCAAACUGUCAUUACGAUGGGAGCUGCAAGAUGAACGCUUUCGGGCUAUUGGGUUUUGAUUCAGGUUCGAGAAGAUACAAGGUGUUGAAGUCAGUAGAGUUUACCACUGGCGACUCUGUUUCGGUAAAGCAUUGGGUUUUUACGUUGGGCGUGGAUAAAUCAUGGAGGGAGAUCCAUUCCUCUCCCUACUAUCAUCCUUACAAUUGUUUUAAUAACCAUUUUUAUUCUACUAGUGUUCAUAUUGACGGUGUUAUCUAUUCGCUUAAUUCAUUGAAUAAAGACGGCGAUAUAGUAGCAUUUGACUUUAGAACUGAGAAUUUCCGAGCAAUACCUCCUCCUCCCUCAACCACUAUGUGGGUUGGACCAACUAAAGCCACCUCCGGAUUGGUAAAGGUGGAUGGUCGAUUAGCUUUCGUUAACAAUCUUAAAAGAGAUGAGCUGAACCCGCUACGGUAUGGCAUGACAAUAUGGAUUCUAGAGGAGGAAUCUAUUGCAUGGAAGAAACAAUAUGUGAUUCACUUCCCCAUCUCAUUGGAAGGGAGCUUUAAUAAGACAAAUUUGUUCUUUGCUAGUAAUCAUGUGGGGGAAAUUGCUGUGUUAGUGAUGCUGAAGAGAUCCGUUCCUAUUUUAUUAUUUUAUAACUUUAGAAAACGGAGCUGGAGAAAAUUUGAUAUAUACCAGUUGCCUGUACCCCAUCUUAUUACCGCCAUGCACUUCAUCUCGGAUAAUAUCUUUUAA